AUGACAAAUUAUGGCGGUUUAACAGUGAGAGCAAUGGCAGCUGAGAUUGACCCUCUACCUAGAAUUGUAAUGAAAGUUCGUCGCGUCCUCAAAGGACAUCUUGCCAAGAUUUAUGCAAUGCAUUGGGCAUCAGAUAAACGUCACCUUGUUUCUGCUUCACAAGAUGGUAAACUUAUCGUCUGGGACGCUCCUACAACAAAUAAGGUUCAUGCUAUUCCCCUUAGAUCUUCAUGGGUUAUGACUUGUGCCUACGCACCAUCUGGCAACUUUGUUGCUUGUGGUGGUUUGGACAAUAUUUGCUCUAUCUAUAAUCUUAAAACGAAAGAAGGUUCCGUUAAAGUUGCACGAGAAUUGAAUUCUCAUACAGGUUACCUCUCAUGCUGUAGGUUUCUUAAUGAUAGGCAAAUUUUGACAUCAUCAGGUGACAUGACUUGUAUGCUUUGGGAUAUUGAUGCUGGCAUGAAAACUUUAGAGUUUAAUGAUCAUACUGGUGACGUAAUGAGUCUGUCUCUUGCCCCAAACCAACAAAUAUUUGUUUCUGGCGCCUGUGACGCUAGCGCAAAAGUCUGGGAUAUCAGAACUGGUCGUUGUGUACAAACAUUCACAGGUCACGAAUCAGAUAUCAAUGCUGUUCAGUAA